UUUAUCUGGGAGUCUUCAGUUAGUCGGACACUAAAUAAUAUGACUAAAUACAUUUGAAUAUUUCAAUAUGUUUAGAUUAAUUAGUCGGGGCGUUUUUUUCAAAAAUCGCAAUGAAUGUUUCCAAAAAAUAAAAAGUAAAAAAUGUUUCAAUAUAGAAAUAUGUUGUGUUGCUACACAGAGUUCAAAAUCCGACAACUUGUUUCCGGAGAGGGUUGAUUUUCCUAGUCGCCACAUCGGUCCGAGGGAUCAAGAUGUAGUCACUAUGCUAGAUCUUCUUGGCUAUAAGAGUUUAGAUCAACUCACCAAUGAUGCGGUUCCUAAGCAAAUCCAAUUACCAGGACUUAUGGAAAUUGAUGACCCAAUGAGCGAGUAUGAUUUAAUUGAAAGAGCCCGUAAAAUAGCAGAGAAGAAUCAGAUAUGGCGCUCAUUCAUCGGCAUGGGCUAUCACAAUUGCUGUGUACCCCACAGCAUCAUGCGCAAUAUGUUUGAGAAUCCUGGAUGGACAACGCAGUAUACCCCUUACCAGCCAGAAGUUGCGCAGGGUAGGCUAGAAAGUUUACUAAACUAUCAGACAAUGGUUAGUGACUUGACUGGUUUAGAUGUCGCCAAUGCGUCCUUAUUAGACGAAGGUACAGCUGCAGCGGAAGGCCUAUCACUAUGCCACAGACAUAAUAAAAGAGCAAAGUUCGUGGUAUCUGAACGCCUUCACCCUCAAACAUUAGCUGUAGUUCAAACGAGAUUGGAUGCUUUAGGCUUAGAAGUUAUAGUUGUACCAGAUGUCCGGCAGGUAGAUUUUGCACAAAGGGACAUAUCAGCCGUACUGUUGCAAUGUCCCGAUACGAGGGGACUUGUUUAUGACUAUUCCGGAUUAGCUGCGGCUGCACAUGAACAUGGGACAUUAGUAGUUGUAGCUACUGAUCUUCUAGCUCUAGCUUUAUUACGACCUCCAGCUGAAUGUGGUGCGGCUUUAGCAGUCGGCACUUCUCAGCGGCUAGGUGUUCCGCUAGGCUACGGUGGACCUCAUGCUGGUUUCUUUGCUGCUGAACAUCCAUUGGUUCGUUUGAUGCCCGGGCGCAUGGUGGGAGUCACAAGAGAUGCAGCUGGAAGAGAUGCUUAUAGGUUGGCUUUGCAGACUAGGGAACAACAUAUCCGCCGUGAUAAAGCCACAUCGAAUAUUUGUACUGCCCAGGCGCUUCUGGCUAAUAUGUCAGCGAUGUUCGCAGUAUAUCACGGUCCGCAAGGUCUACGAGAUAUUGCCACUAGGGUUCAUAAUGCGACCUUAGUCCUUGAUCAUGGUAUACGAAAACGUGGUCAUAAACAAUCCAACGAUGUAUAUUUCGAUACUCUACAUGUAAUUCCCGUGGCUGAACAUGAUGCAUCUGUUAUAAAAGCACGUGCGCAAGAGAAGAAGAUUAAUUUACGAUACUUUGAAGAUGGAGCAGUUGGUGUUGCUUUAGACGAAACUACAACUAUGCAAGAUGUUGAUGAUUUGUUGUGGAUAUUUGAUUGCGAUAAUGUUAAUGAGGUUAUGGAAACUGGUGAUGUAAGAUCACGUAGUGUUUUGAAGGGUCCUUUUCGAAGAACGUCUCCUUACCUGACUCAUCCCGUAUUUAAUAUGCACCAUUCUGAAACUAGAAUAGUCCGUUAUAUGAAACGAUUGGAAAACAAGGAUAUAUCACUGGUUCAUUCAAUGAUACCAUUGGGAUCAUGUACGAUGAAGUUGAACUCAACGACAGAAAUGAUGCCGUGUUCGUUUAAACAUUUCACUGACAUUCACCCAUUUGCACCUCUUGAUCAAUGCCAAGGAUAUCAUACAUUAUUUGAAGAGCUCGCGAAAGAUCUUUGCGCUAUUACUGGCUAUGAUCGAGUUUCUUUUCAACCUAACAGCGGUGCUCAAGGUGAAUACGCUGGUUUAAGAACAAUUAAACGGUAUCAUGAAUAUCGCGGCGAUGCUGGGCGAAAUAUAUGUCUUAUACCAGUCAGCGCUCAUGGCACUAACCCUGCGUCUGCACAUAUGGCCGGCAUGCGUGUCUGUGCGAUACGUGUGACUCCUUCUGGAGAUAUUGAUAUGGAACACCUCAAAGACAUGGUAGAAGAGCACAGCGCGAAGUUGUCGUGCCUGAUGCUGACAUAUCCUAGUACAUUUGGCGUGUUCGAGGAGCGCGCCGCUGACGUAUGCGCGCUCGUGCACGCGCACGGCGGACAGGUCUACCUCGAUGGAGCCAACAUGAACGCGCAGGUCGGUCUAUGUCGUCCGGGUGAUUACGGCAGUGAUGUAUCACAUCUUAAUUUACAUAAAACUUUCUGCAUACCUCACGGUGGAGGAGGUCCAGGAAUGGGACCUAUCGGCGUGAAAGCUCAUCUAGCGCCGUUCUUACCGUCACAUCCGGUGAUAAAUCCACUUGCUGAUUUAGGAGACGCGGCACACAGCUUCGGCUCAGUCAGCGCAGCACCCUUCGGAUCUUCGGCUAUUUUGCCGAUCUCAUGGGCUUAUAUAAAAAUGAUGGGACCUAAAGGUCUGAAGCGGGCGACGCAAGUGGCUAUCCUUAAUGCUAACUACAUGUCACGGAGACUAGAUGGUCACUAUAAGACUUUGUACAAAGGUGAAAGAGGUCUGGUUGCACACGAAUUCAUCAUAGACGUACGAGAUUUGAAGAAAACGGCUAACAUUGAGCCUGGUGAUAUCGCUAAGCGUCUUAUGGAUUUUGGUUUCCACGCGCCGACUAUAUCAUGGCCCGUGGCUGGUACUCUUAUGAUUGAACCAACGGAAUCAGAAGAUCUUCAGGAAUUAGAUCGUUUUUGUGACGCACUCAUAACAAUUAGAAAAGAAAUUAAAGACAUUGAAGAUGGUCUCAUUGACAAAAGGCUGAACCCAGUAAAGAUGGCGCCACACACUCAGGAGGAAGUAAUAACAGAGGAUUGGAACCGACCUUACACUAGGGAACAAGCCGCUUUUCCAGCUCCGUUUGUUAAAGGAGAAAUUAAAAUCUGGCCAACAGUCAGCCGCAUUGACGACAUGUAUGGUGACAAACAUUUAGUUUGCACUUGUCCACCUGUUAUUGAUGACUUUUGAUAUUAUUGUUGAGGUGAAAUUGUAAAUAAAAUACUUCGUCUGCGAUCACAUAAUGUAUUUAAUUAUCAA